AUGACAUCAAUGGCCUAUAAAGUAACAUUAUUAUUGGAAAAAAUGGCUUCGGCUGAUAAAGAUUACCGUUUCAUGGCAACCAAUGAUUUAAUGAAUGAUAUACGCAAUGAGACAUUGAAAUUGGACGAUGAUUCUGAGAAAAAGGUUGUGAAUAUGAUGAUGAAAUUGAUGGAAGACAAGAACGGCGAAGUUCAAAAUUUAGCUGUCAAAUGCAUUGGACCACUUAUCGUGAGAGUCAAUGAACUCCUGGUAAAUUUUCAUAUUUUAUUCAGAUGA